AUGUUGUUGCCUGAUGCUUCCAGCUUUGUCCCUUCUACGGCGGCUAUAUUUGUGCGAUUAAUGAUCGCCUCCCCUACCAUUUUAUUGGUGGGGGAUGCAACUGCCGCGUUUUAUCAUGUGAGAGUUUAUGGCUCUCAGAUGUUGUUGUAUGCUGGCAGUGAUGUCUUUGUGAGUGAUAGACUCACGUUUGGAGUGAAUGUGGGUCCAGCUGGACUUGCAUCCUCCCUUUGUGCUAGUGAGGAGGAGUUGGCAUGUCAUUUUGGGAGCGACCUUUUCGAGUUGGUGGUUGAUGAUUAUAUGUUUGCUGAUAGAACCGUGAAGGUUCCUGUCCGUGACCUCUCCCUUUGGCUCAACACUCUUGAAGCUGGUGGUCAACAUACGCCUUAUCGUAAAUUUUCUGCUUUGUCUACUCCGGAACUGCGAGAAGAGUUGCAGAAGGCGCUCUCUGAUCGAGGAGUGACGUGCUCAGUCGAAGAAACCGGGAAGUACCUCGGUGUUAAUCUUCGAUUUUCUGGUGGUUCCCUAGUGUUGGUAUGUGAACGCCUGGCUCGGCUCAAUCAAGCGGCCGAUAACGCUGAGAGAUACUGA